CUAGUCGUUUUGCUCCGCUUCCUCUCCCGAAGAAGGCUGGCGGCGCCAGCGAUGGCUGACCACAAUAACAAUCAAGUGCGGUACACACGCCAGCAGAGCAAAGCGAGUAGAGAGGGAUCAUGUGCGUGUUUCUGUUUUGGUUUGGUUGCAGGAGGCGGCUCAUGAUGCACCCGCUGCUGCUGCUGCUGCUGCUGCUGCUGCUGUGUCGGUCACUGUGACUGGCGGCAAGAGUGCCACAGAUGCCAAACCUGCCACAGAUGCCACACCCGAUUUCAUCCUCUUCGGUAAGAUUCUGACCAAAACCAGGCGAUUAAACCGGCUCACACAUGCACUUUGGUUCGCUGCAGGUGAGUUGGUGUACGCGUUGGACAAGAUCGGCCCGCUGCACGAGCGCCUGAGCAAUCUGCACGCUCGCCAGCCGCUCGACGGCACCGAGGAAGAGCUCAUGGCCGUCCUGGAGCCCCCUACGCACCUCAACUGGCGGUCACUCAUCGGCGAGAUCAAAGGCAUGGGCAAGGACGAGCAGGUGCCUGCCGUACAUGGAUGGCGCAACCCUGCACACACAUGCAUGCGCCAGAUCUGAUGUGUGCAUGUGUGUGGUGUCCUCACAGACGGGCGUGCUGUCGGCCCUGCAGAGGCACCUGGAGGGCUGCAUCGCACUGCUGCAGCCGUAUGUGGACAAGAAGGAGCGACUCGAGACCGAGGAGGAGGACAGGAAGCGGCAGGAGGAGAUGCGUGAGAGGGCGGCGGCGCAGUUGGCGGCGUGCAGGGCGGCACACGGAGAGGCGGGGUGCACUUACGUAGAGUAUUUCGUCAAGACGCUGACGGGCAAGACCAUCACCAUUUACACCAGUGCGGGCUGCCCCACUGUGGAGUCGUUCAAGGAGAAGAUUCGAGAGCAAGAGGGCAUACCCGUCGACCAACAGCGACUCAUGUGAACGGACACACACAGACAGAGAGAGAGAGGGAAAGAAAGACGGAUACGCCUCAUGCGUUUUGGUGUGUGCCAUAUGUCAGAUGUGCCGGGAGGCAGCUUGAGGAUGGCCGCACCCUGGAUGACUACAACAUCCAGAAGCAAAGCACCUUUCAUCUGGUGCUCCGUCUGCGGGUAUGUCCGCCCCCGCACACACGCUUCCUUCCACCACACAAGCGUGCAACUCUGUAUCUCUGUGUGUGUGUGUGUGAUAAGGGCGGUAUGUUUGCGCGUGUGAGUGGUCGUUUCGGCUUCGCCCCCUCGCUCCGCGAUCUGUCAUCAUCAUUCUUCAACCUGUCGCCCCAGCACAUCAGAUACCUGAAGCGAGGCAUCAAGGAAAUGAACCGCCACGAGGAAUGGUGAGUGCAGUGAGCACCCAGACGUCGCCCGUCCGUUCAUGUGCUCUGUCUGUGUGUCUGUGUGUGUGUGCGUGUGCAUCGUCAGGUGCUCGUCGGUGCUGGCUGACUCGGGUGGCGGCGACAGCACGUCGGCCGAGCCCACCACCAUCGCAUCGCUCCUCAACGGCGUGGGUGAUGCCGUCAUGCAGCUGCAGGCCGACAUGACCGCUGCGGAGGCCGUCAUGAUCUACACCAAUCGCGAUGCCGACGAGACCGAGGACCUCGCCACGCGGAUGCAGCGGUUGAAGCGCAAGCGGCAGAGCAGCGACGAUAAGGGGGAGGGGGAGGGGGUCAAGAAGGGGCGGAUGGGGGCGGAGUGGGGGGUGAGGCUGUGGGGGAUGGAUGGGGCAUCACACCACGACACGGACAUACAUGAGUACGGCCAAGCCAAGCCAGCCGACAGCAGACAGACAGACAGACAGACCAACCAACCGACUGACAGAUAGACCGAUUGACAGACAGACAGACCGACCGACCGACCGACAGACGGACAAGAGACCCAUCCACAGCAGCCAGAGCUAGUAAUUGUAUGAGCAGAGCAAGGACAUGACCCACAUACACAUCUGACAGAAGGACAGUGGCGAGCGGUGUGUGCACGCGUGUGCUUCCAUACGGCACGCACUGCAUGCCCGUGUGCGCGAGUGACCGACCCUGGUGGUUGUUCCAUCGAUGCGAUGCAUGUGUUGACACAUGUGAGUGUCUGUGCUGUACAGUCUUC